UCAUGUUCGGAGACGGCCAGAAAUUUCCCAGGAUGGAGGACGAAGGGCAGCCCGGCAUCCUGGCACCGCUCAACUUCCCGGUCUUCCUGUUCACCAGCGGCCUCUUCGCGGGGCUGGUCUAUUGCCACCUGCACCUCUGCUGCGGGCUGGGCUGGCUGGUUGACCAGUUCUACUGGGAGCUCUUCCGUGGGCUGGACGGCCCAAAGGGCACGCGACGGUGGGGCGUGGUGCAGGCCUUCCUGAGGAACGCGGCAACCACCAUGGAGUUGAGCUUCGUGGCCAUCCUCACCUCAGUGUUGCUGUGCUUGUUGCUCGUCGGGGCGGACACGAUUUUCACAACGAGGCGCGAGGAGUUCACGAUGAAGCACCGGGUGCGCAACGACCUGCUCCCCGUGCUGCCGAAGCUCGUGCUCACCUUCUACAGCUGCUACAGGGCGGCGCAGGUCACCGAGAGGUGCAAGAAGGCUCCCGCCCUCGUCAACAUGGUGAUUUCUGGGCCCCGUGCACUCGAUUGGGAGCGGGCGGAGAAGCUCCAGAACGUGGUGCAGUACAUCGCCCAGAGCGACGCGGGGUUCUACAUUUUUAGCAAGCGGUUGGACAUGUCCGUCGUGUGGAAGUGGAUCUACAUCGUGGGCCUAUUCUUGUUCUAUUUCGUGACGUACUCUCGGUGAGGCCUGAAGGGUGGCAUCCCUGAAACCGCUGGUCCUGCAUGAAUGGCUGUAGUGUAGGACCCGCUGGGAUGCCCUUGCACUCCCUGCGCGCGUGGAGCUUUUUCCCAGCGCGGCAGAUCUACGACCGGGAGCGCCGCCGGCGGCACUUGUUGCGCCGCGCGGCCUCGGUGCGUUUAACCUUCUUUUUCGAUGACUUUCCGCCAAGCGGCCAUUUGGUCGCACAGUUGAUUUGGACGCGACCAGAAUUUCAUCUCCCUUUCGCGCAUGCGGCCUCGGUCGGGUGCAUUGCGUGCCUUCUUUUAGAGUCAGCAGGGGUAUUCUCCAAAGGAGACCCUGGCCCUGUAGUUAGCUCGGCACAGGGGCAAUCCCCCUGGCCUCUUUGGUCGACAGUGCACCCUCAUACGCCCCAUUUCGGGCUGGCGGUGUCACGCGUGCUUCCUCGAUCAGGUGCACUACGCGCCUUUUUUAACACAUUCAACGGGAGUACAGUAGAGACCCAUGCCAAGAAACACCCUGUUUGCCUUCAGGGUGCCUUGCGUGUCUUGGGGUUCGAUGGUUCUGUCAUGGAAAGAGAUGCCCAAUCCGAAAGGACCGUGGCAGGCCAUACCACGUAGGUCGCGAGUGUGAUUCUUGCGACCUUGUGAUGACAUACCGCGAGGCGUGGUGUGUGUGUGGCCAACAAACGAUUGGCCACGCUCCACAGUGCCCAGGUCACGCACAUGGCCAUGAGAGCCAGUGUGCAGCAUCUGGGGGGGUGCUGUGUGCUGCAUCCUUCCCAGGAUUGUUCACAGAGCGGCCCGAUGUUCUGGGCGGUCAGGGUGUCGAGCUGCUUUGGAGGCCCAUGGCAUUGCGCGCGUCCAAA